GAAAUCACGGGGUUCUGAGUAGCGACGAAUACGACCCUGAAACUAUCCGCCCCUGACAUCCUGACUCAUAUUUUUCAAGAUGGAUGUCAGCAGCAGACUGAUAGAGAAGAUCUGCGCGUCGUCGCUAGGCAGAGAUACACAUAAGCAGUGAAUAUUUUUUUACGCCUAGAAAAUUGAUGAGGUCAAGCUACCAGUAGAUCGAAAAAUUAUCAAUAUAAUCGCUGGCAGAAAUAUAGUGAUGAAUCGUUCAUCGUAUAAGAAUAAAUAAAAUUACCAGUAUGAAUGGGUGAAUGUUUUUGGGUGCAGCACGCAAUCAAGUCGCCGUAAACACGCUUCCCAUCGACUGCUGAGAUAUAAUAAAUAACCGAGUCAGUGGUCGGCACCUUAGUUUCGAAAAUAACAAAACAACCGUAGCCCGAGGAUCCAGGAACUGUACGUCGGCUGGAAAGGAUGCUGUAUCUUGAAGAUUACGUCGAAAUGAUCGAGCAUCUUCCGCAGGAGCUGCGUGACAGAUUCACUGAGAUGAGAGAAAUGGACCUGGGAGUGCAAAACUCGAUGGACAGCCUGGAGAAGAAGGUGAAAACUUUUUUUUCAAACGCCAAGAAAAUGAAGCCGAGUGACAAAGAGGCAGAAUAUGAAACGAUACGAAAAGACUAUUAUAAAACUUUAGAAGAUGCCGAUGAAAAAGUGCACUUAGCUAAUCAGAUGUACGAUUUGGUGGAUAGAUACUUGAGGCGACUCGACCAGGAGCUUCAUAAAUUCAAAAUGGAACUUGAGGCUGACAACAAAGGCAUCACAGAAAUAUUAGAAAAACGAUCCUUAGAAUUGGAUCAACCGCCAACCAACAGUAGUCAAAAAGAAAAUCGUUAUAGUUUUACUUCUACUAGAACUCGGGACAGUCACGGACACUCACGAUCAGAGAAACGGAGAGAUUCCAACGCGUCCUCGGUAUCGGUAGAAAAACGAUUGGUGAUUGAAAAAUCGUCGCAAAGUCUUCCAGAAUCACGACCAGCCUCGGCUAAUUCUGGUCCAAUAAUUGCAACUACUCUGCCGUCCACGCCGACGGCAAUAGCUAGUACAGUUGGUCCGGUCAGCUACGGUCUAGGGCAUAUUGGGGCUGGUGGUAACGCGAUAGCCGCUGCUGCGUCGCAGGCAAUUGCUGCAACGCAACAAAUGCAGCAGGGACGACGAACCGCUAGUCUCAAGGCGAGUUACGAGGCCAUCAAUACCGGAGGUGUUCACGCGGCUGAAUUUAGUAGGGAAUUAGCUGGUGCCGCGCAGACUGCUAUAGCGGCGAUUCAAGAAACCACCAAGAAACAUAAAAAAAAAGUAAAUACUACAGUACCUAGUACCAGCGUGAUACCAGCGGCAGUUCAACAGCCUGUCUCACCACCUGGAGUAACAGCUACAGCAACUGUGACAGAUGCCGAUAAUACAGAUUGGCCAUACGACCCAAACGAGCCGAGAUAUUGCAUAUGCAAUCAAGUGUCUUACGGAGACAUGGUUGCUUGUGAUAACCAGGAUUGUCCGUUCGAAUGGUUCCAUUACCCAUGUGUCGGAAUAUCUGCGCCACCGAAAGGAAAAUGGUACUGCCCGCAGUGUACAUCUUCUAUGAAGAGACGUGGUGGUCGGAAAAAUUAAUCAAGAAAAAUAUUUUUUUGAAACAUAAACACUAAGGAUAACGAAAAGUAAAAACAAAACCGUAAAAAAAAAUGAAUACUACCUCUUAGCUACUAUCUGCCGAUUUAUUAUCAUCAAUUUAGAUAGAACAGUCGACUGGAAUUUGAUGUUCGUUUUUUUUAUUUUGUUUUUUAUAACUAUAGAAUAUGAAUUUACAAGUUUAAGUUGUGCUCUUGUACAGCGCAAAAGCUGAGUCGAGUCAUAAACUCGCGUUUUAUAAAUGUGAGGGAAAUAAUAGCUUAGUUUGAGAAGUACCUAAUUAAACUGCGUGGCAUUUGUUUUUUUCUACACGCCGCGUUUUUACCUGGGGAUUAUCUGGCAGUUA